GUCAGCGCCCAUGUUCGGUGAAAAUGAAUGAUUUUUACCGAUUUCUGUCCUUUUUGAGCUUCAAACUCUCACCAUGACGGCUGAGCAAGCAAUCACGAAGAAAAAUUUCUACUAUCCCUAUGUUGCCUCAGGAGUGCGGGCAGACUUCGACAAAUUGAUGGAAACGUUCAAAGGAACGAAUACAGUUCGUUAUGAAUGUUUUUUGCAGAUCUGGAGAACCAUGAAAAUACCAAUGAUUUUCUAUGGAAGAAAAAGACAUGACAUUCUGAAUGAGUUUGUUUACGAGUGUCUCCACAUUGCUGCUGAAUAUUGGCUGCAGACGAAUAACCUGCAAGUCCAGAUUGGAGGACUAUAUUUGGUGUAUGGUCUGUUUGAAACUCAACCAUGUGAUCCAAAAGUCCGGUUGAUGCUGACGCUGAGAGAUCAGGAAAAGGUGGACAAGUUUGUGAAAGAUGUGCAGGAACAAGCUCAUUAUGACGUGUGCUACAUCUACAGAAAGCUCCUCAUGAGGAGGGCAUUCUAUUACAGUGCAUCAAGCAAACCCGUUGUUUUGUCCCGAGAGAUUAAAAACGAUGGUGUUAGGAAGGAGCUUGAGGAAAAACCAGAGAGAAGUACCAUCUCUGACCUACUAGAUCCAGCAAAUAUAAAUCAUCUUGAGGCAUUGCACACCCAAUAUCACGUUAUGAAGUGUGCUCUUGCCGGUCCAAACAGCACCAAGCCAGACCCGUCACUACGAGUGAUUAACACUGAUAUUGUGGAAGUGGUUAAAGACAAAGUUCGGGCAUUUGAAGAAUGGAAGCAGUAUCCCAGAGAAAUGUACCGAGAGAGGCAGAGACAGCUCCGAAAAAAUUGGAUAGAUGACAAUGAUGCCGACUUUAUACCAACUUCAGUGAGGAGAAACAGACGGGCAGAGAUUAAACAACAUGCAUUCAAGUCAGGCGGUGUAAUCAGAAGGGAUCGCCGCCAUCGGCAACCUGGAUCAAGUCCAAAAAAACAGGGCAGGAGGAAAAAAAAAAUAAGUGGAGACAGUGCUUCCACUGAGGAAGAGGAAUCGUCUAUGUUUAUUUCAACCACCAGUGGGGCUGGAAAUCCUACGGAAUCUUUCCCAAGUAUGCCACAGUUUGAUGAACUUGAAGCCAGUUCCCCUGCCAGGGGAGACACUAACAACAAAAGGAAGAGAAAGCUAGAAUCACCACCGAAGUCACCUACGAAGACACCCAAAAUAAUACUCGGCCCAAAGAAGGGUAAAAAGUCUUGUAAGACACCAAAUGACUCUUUUAUUCCAAAGUCUACAAAUAAAGUUACUUUGAGAUCAUCGCAGGAUUCCGUCGCAUCUGGUUCAAAAGUGGUGGGUGAAACCACUUCAGGACGGAAGCGAGGCCGACCACGGAAAUAUCAUGUUGUAGAAAAUGUCAUUGUGGAAGAUAUUGAUGACCUCAAGAGUGAACCGGAAUCACUGCCUGAUAUUGUUUAUAAUAAGAAAGGACCUCGCAAGGCUUCAACUUUACGACCGGUUGCAAAGCCAGCAGCCAGAGGGCGUAAGAGGUCUGCUUCCAAGGACGCUGGCUCUCAUGAGGGGAAAAGGAAGAAGAAAUAGCUCUUUGAACUUGAAAACUGUGUUCUACUGAUUCUGCUGCAGACGAAUAUAUAGAUUUAGUAUUGCCUGUUUUGAUUGUACCUUGAAUUUGUAAUUGCAAAUUGGGUCAACUGAGGAAUGUCUGCGAGUUCAACUCAAAAUGCAGGUUAAAUGUUCUCCUACAUGUUUCAUUACAAUAAAUC